AUGAAAAUCAACAAAUCACGUAAAAAUGUGGAAGUCGACGAAUACUUUGAUAAUUUAAAUAAAGAUAGCAAUAUAGUUAACAUAUACGAGCGAUUUAAGAGUCAACAAACCUGCAGAGUUUGUUUAAAAGAAGGUUCGCAGCCAAUCUUCGGGAAUGAAGACACUCCCGAUAUUAUUGAAGCUUUAAGUAUAUUCGGCAAUGUUGAAGUCAACAAACGUGACGAAUACCCAAAUAAACUGUGUAAAAUAUGUUUUAAAUUCAUUAAAGGCGCAAUUUUAUUCAGAAAACUCGCAAAACACACCAAUGAGUUACUGAAACAACCUUUGAAAGCCGAACCUGAAAAUCAAGAUGUUCCAGACACAUCAAAUGUUGAUGAAGAUGUCCAUAGUUUAAAUCACAAAAAGGAAAUUAUUAUACCAAAACUAGAAAAAGAAAAGAAAAAUCUAAAAGUUCAAUGUUAUGUAUGCAAUAGGAUAGUUAAUAAGUCUUAUUAUAAAGAACAUAUGACUAUGCAUGAUCCUGAUCAUAAGAAAUAUGUGUGUGAUAUCUGUGGAAAAUCAUUUAGAUUACGAUGUGCAUACCACAACCACAGUCUCAGGCACCGGAACGACUUCCCUUUCAAAUGCCAAUUCUGUCCAUACAAAGGCAGAUAUGCCGAACUCUUAAAAACACACAUGCACACACAUACAAAAGACUAUAGAUAUAUGUGUACAGAGUGCCCGGCGAGAUUUUUAUUUAAAAGCAACCUUAAUAGUCAUAUAUUACUCAAACAUAAGGAACCACAGUUUAAAUGUGACGCUUGCAAGCGGGCAUUUCAUACAAAGUUAACACUUCGGAGACAUUUUGAGGCUGAUCAUUUAGGUAUACGAAAUCAUGUAUGCAAUAUAUGUGGAAAGGCAUUUGGUUAUAGAAAUGCUAUGAUGAAACACCAGCGUCAUGUUCAUAAGAGGGAAAAAUUCAUGUACUCACGCAUGCCGGCAUAUUUACAGGCGGAAAAUAAAAAAAACAAUACUGCUUAA